GGUCGUCUCGGGCUAGCCAGAGCUUUAUCGACGUUUCUGAGGCACUGACUACUGGACGACUGGACUGCACCUAUUGGGACUCACACUAAUUUAUGACUGUGCACGAAAUUUACUACGACGUUUUACGAUAACUUCCUGCUCGAUUACCCCGACCUACGUGGAGGGAGUCAGUACUAGUUUGUGACUACGCAGGGAGAAGCCCAAGAGAUGUCGAAUAUUACAGAUGGGAGAUGCUGGAAGGAGCUGGCGCCUGAUACGUCUCCCCCUCUCUUUCAGCAUGGUGAUAUCGUAUUCCAAGCCCAUCACGUUGGAUGGAUCGUCUGCGGCUUCUUCACCCUUGUUUCCCUGGUCGCCUCAUUCUGGUUGAUAAACAAACACCUUCAGUGGUACACCAAUAAACGGGAGCAGCGAUAUAUUGUCCGGAUAUUAUUUAUGGUUCCCUUGUACGCUGUGGUCAGCUUCGCGUCAUAUCUAUUCUGGAAUCACGCAACAGCUUUACUCCUCAUCCGGGACUGUUACGAAUCGACAGUCUUGACCUCCUUCUUUUACCUGCUCCUGGUGUACAUAUCACCCAACCCAGACGAACAGAAGGAAGCGUUCAGGAAACAGGGCCUUUCUCGCGAGUAUGACCGUGAAGCCGCGAAAAGAGGCGAACCUGGGCGGAAGUGGGUCUUCCCUUUCCAAGGUGUUAAGACCAAACCAGCGGAUGGAAUGUAUUUCUUGCAGCUCAUGAAGUGGGGUGUUCUGCAGUAUUGCGUCAUCAGACCAGUUACGACACUCAUCGCCGUAACGUUGAACUACAUGGGCUUGUAUUGCGAGGACUCUUACUCGCCCGGAUGGGGUCACAUCUACAUCACUGUAAUUGUGUCCAUAUCGGUGUCGGUCGCAAUGUACUGCCUCAUUCAGCUCUACGUACCUGUGUCCCAGGAACUGGCACCUUAUAAGCCACUUCUGAAGCUAUUCUCCGUAAAGGCUGUCGUCUUCCUCACUUUCUGGCAGGCGACUGGUUUGUCGUUGCUGAGCAUGAUAGGCUUGAUUAAAGACACGAAGUAUAUGACAGCCGACGACAUCAACAAUGGGAUAGCAGCAAUAUUGGAGACCUUCGAGAUGAUGUGCUUCGCAUUCCUGCACUUCAAAGCUUUUACUUAUAGGCCGUACAAGCCUGAGGCCGAAUACCCCGCUCCACCCCCCGAACGUACGCCGCGUCUGCGCUCACUAGGCCACGCGUUCGAUUUCCGCGAGACCUUGCGCGAGCUAUGGGAUGGCUGCGUGUACAUGUGGUACCGCUUCCGCGGGAAGGAGACGGACGUGCUCACCCGGCGUUCCGCGGUCAUGGAAGACGUGUUCGGUCGCUCUCGCGUGGUGUGGCCUGCGCCGGAGAAGGGAGUCCGCAUGGAGGUUGAGGAGACUGUCGACGUUGGUGGGGAGAGGCAGUGGUUGGGCGUUGGCGAUGAUUAUGGGUAUGGACUUGGGUACAUUCGCCGUGAGAAGAGUGAAGCCCUUGAGGACCAGAUAGAGAAGGAGCUUCAAAAGAGAGGAUAUACGAUCAAGGACGAACCUCCCGCGGGCCGCUGGGAAAAGCAUGCCGCCAGCCCCGCGGCGACACCGGGACACGAGGGUCGGAAACGCUCGUGGUGGCGUAGCAUCUACGAGCGCGUGUCCCAAUCUGCAGGAACCAUCGGCGGGCCAGUGCAGGUUGGGAGGCUGCCCUUCCGGAAUUACAAGUUGUACCAGCGGACGGAGCUGCAUCACAGCGAGAGCUCCCUCCCGUCCCGGAAGGCAAAGGACUAUCGGAUCCAACUAAAGGUCCUUCCGCAACUAAUCUAG